AUGUAUCAAAAAAUUAAAAAGUCAGAAGACAAUUCCAAUAAAAUCAAGUGCAAAGAUAACGGGGUAUUUGACAGUUUAUGUGUUGUCACUUCAGCUGGUAUCGAUGACAAGCUGUUUAUGGCCACUGCCAUUAAUAGCAUUGAUACCAAACAGCAAGGAGUUACGGAAAUCUACCACAAAGAAAAAAAUAUUACCAGUAGUAAUGUUUCUUUGGCAAAAGAAGUGCCUGAAAUGAAAUCUGAGGGUAAUGGCGUAGUUGGCGGUGCACGUGAUUUCAUGUCUAAGAGAUUUCACCCAAAACCGAAUCGCACAAAUGACGUUGACGCACCAACCUUUACUUUGGGCGACAAGAAAAAGUAUAAACAAGUCAACAAAGACUCGAUGUUUGAAAUGUGCAAUGAGGUCGUACGUCACCCGGCGUCUCUUGAAGAACAAGAUACUGAUCGUCCGAUCGUGAAUUCCGGAUUCCCCAAUCACAAUGAGAACCACGUGCCACCAGUAAACGGAUCGGUUAUUAUUAACGAAAACCAACAGUCAAUAUUUGCCUCUGUAGACGUCGAUUUCGCCAAACGAUUUCGACGGUCAAACAAUCCGAGUGUGCGCGAAUUGAAGGAAAUGGAAGUCAUAAGCAUGCUUACGGUCCCUUCAAAUAUCGAUCUAUUGCAACGAAUCGCAGAUGAAGAAGAGCUAAUUUUGGAUUAUGACAUUUUUGAAUGCUGCCCACUAACGAUUAGAAAAAAUUUUACGGGUAUUCAACUAACGAUAAAUCAUUGUGGACUAACGGUCGUUGGUUUUGGUGAAACGAUACUUGAAAGUCAAGAAAAUGCGGCUCAUGAGUGUCUGAUGCGCUUCAAAUCAAUUCUAGAAAAUUAAAUGUACGACCAAAGCAUAAGAUGUCUAUAAUAAGUUUAUAUAAACUAUUAUGAAGUAAAAGAAAACUUAUCGUUAAUUAUCUACCACGAUGUAUUUUUAGCGGCCCAAAACCAAAAUUGAAAGUUUUUUUUUACACCUUAUAUGUUAAAUUUAUCUGCACGUACUAAUACAUACGAUUUUAUAAUAAGUAAUAUGUGUGAUACAAGCGAAUUAACGGGAUUUCAAAUAUUUAUCGGUUGUAUGUGUUUGGGUCACUCUGUACAACAAUAAGACUCGAUGACAUUUAGACUGUCAGCAUCAUAACCGUACAGAAACAAUACAAAUUGAAUAUAUCGUUUAACACAGUAUAUCAACCCGCUUCGUAGAAUAUCUCACUUUCUAUCGACAUCUACUUUUAAUAAUUUAA